CCGAACUGUCAUCAGUCCGUAUGACCUAUCAAAAAUUUCUAAGGUCGGUUGCGAAAAUUUUGAUUGCGGGUUUCCAAAAAAAAAUUUAAUCGGCAUUACAAAAAUUCAACCCAAAUCGCUUUCGUUUUUUGUUUUUUCUAUAAACAAAAAAAAAACUAAAGAAACCUUAUUUUCGUUCAUCCAUUCAAACAGAUUUCACACGAAAUAUAGUUAAUCGACAAAAAUGCUACGAACCAUUGCCAUUCGCAACGAAUCGAUUCUCCGAGGAACUCUGUCCAAUGCUGUCCGUUGCAGAACCAGAGUAGCUCUUCGUCUUUUGAGCACUCAGGCCACAAGGAAACAACAGAUUUUCAGAAUAUCAGAUUACCAACUGAAAAAGCCACAACAAUCAGCAUGGAGUACGAAUUUUGUUCGCGCCUACAGCGACCUGCCCGAUCACAUUAAAGUCACUUUGCCAGCUCUUUCGCCAACAAUGGAACAAGGUACCAUCGUAAGCUGGGAGAAGAAAGAAGGUGACAAGUUGAACGAAGGUGAUUUGUUGGCCGAAAUUGAAACAGACAAGGCUACAAUGGGCUUCGAAACACCCGAAGAAGGUUAUUUGGCUAAAAUUAUUGUGCCAGCCGGUCAAAAGGAUGUCACAAUUGGCAAACUUGUGUGCAUCAUUGUUGAAAACGAAGCCGAUGUUGCUGCCUUCAAGGAUUUCAAAGAUGAUGGCGCUGGCGCUGCUCCAGCUCCCAAAAAAGCUGAAGCACCAGCUGCAGCACCAACUCCAGUUGUUGUUGCUGCACCAGCACCUGCUCCAGCUGCUGCUGCACCCGCACCAAUGACAGCUGUUGAACAAAGUGGUAAGCGAGUUUAUGCUAGUCCGAUGGCCAAGAACUUGGCUGAGAAACAAAGGCUAAGAUUGGAAGGCAUGAGUGCUGCAGGUGCUCCAGCAGCAGCAGGCGUUUCAGCCGGUCCAAGUGGCCCAGGAGCCUACAUCGAUAUCCCAGUGUCAAACAUUCGUGGAGUAAUUGCCAAGAGAUUGAAGGAGUCCAAACAACAAAUUCCUCAUUACUAUCUUACUGCUGAAUGUAAUGUCGAUAAGCUUCUGAAAUUGCGUGAGAAAACCAAUAAGAAGCUCGCCAAGGAGAAUAUUAAGGUUUCUGUCAAUGAUUUUAUUAUCAAGGCCACUGCCAUUGCAUGCCGCAAGGUUCCAGAAACUAACUCUUACUGGAUGGAUACCGUUAUUAGACAAUUUGACAAUGUUGACGUUUCUGUAGCUGUCUCAACAGAACGUGGCCUUAUCACUCCAAUCGUCUUCGGUGCCGACAGGAAGGGUGUCGUUGAUAUUUCCAAAGACAUCAAGGCUUUAGCUGCCAAGGCUCGCGAUAAUAAAUUACAGCCCCAUGAAUUCCAAGGAGGCACUGUCAGUGUUUCCAACUUGGGAAUGUUCGGUGUAAACAACUUCUGUGCCGUUAUCAAUCCACCACAAUCAUGUAUCCUUGCCGUUGGAACGACAUCGAAGAAGCUUAUUGUUGAUCCCAAUGAGCUUAAAGGAUUCAGAGAAAUUAAUGUUCUCACUGUAACACUUAGUGCAGACCACAGGACCGUUGACGGUGCUGUUGGUGCCAAAUGGCUGCAGCACUUCCGUGACUUCAUGGAGGACCCAGCAUCGAUGAUAUUGUAAAUUAAACUACCAACUACCAUGCUAAAUUUCCCCUAAGGAAACAACAAAAUAAAAUAAAAAAAAAAACUCACAACAAAAAUGUUAAGUUAUUCUGUUGAAUAGUUAGUCGAUAAAUCUCCUGUUAAUUAGGCGAACACACACUACUGGCGAAUUUUUUGAUUUUAUUAUAUAUUUUCUUUUGUUUUAUUGUAA